UACAUGGACACCGUUCCGAAGUGUGCCCAUCCGCUUUUGACCAAGAUUUCAGAGAGUCACAUAUUAAUGCAAAUGCCCUCCAAGGCUACCAAAACCGACCUGUCAACGAUCCAUAUUCCAACACAUACAAUCCCGGAUGGCGAAAUCAUCCCAACUUCUCUUGGUCAAACAACAACAACACCCAACAACGCCGACAAAAUUUCAUGCAACAACCAAAUCGGCCAAAUUUCGCUCCUCAACAACACAUGAGACCAAACUUCCCUCAACAACCACAAAGAGUUCCUAUGGGAGGGAUGCAAACUCAAGGGGCCGGUCCUAGCUCGGCUACUCAAGAAGAAAAAUUGGAUAAAAUUCUCCAAUUUAUGACGAACCAAGAAUCUACCAUCAAGCGCAUGGAGACGCAAAUAGGCCAACUCGCCUCAAGAGUUGGCAAUUUGGAGGUUGAAUCCGACAAAGGGAAGCUCCCGAGUCAACCCGAGCAAGAAAAGGCCAUCACCGUUUUAAGGAGUGGCAAAGUCGUCGAUAACCAAGUCAAAAUACCCGAUUUCGACGAUGACAAGGAACCAACCGUCGACCUUUGCACAACCGAUCAACCCAAUGCACAACCAACCCUCUGGCUGAAAGAACUACCUCGACAUCUCAAGUAUGUAUUUCUCGAUAAAGAAAUGCAAAAACCGGUGAUCAUUUUCGCCGAACUUGCAAAGGAUGAAGAAAGAAAGCUACUUGAGGUACUCCGAACAAAUAAACAAGCAAUCGGAUGGGGUCUCGAAGAUCUUAAAGGUAUUAGCCCCUACACAUGUAUGCAUCGGAUUGUCUUGGAGGAAGGUGCUAAGCCAUUUAGGGAUAGCCAACGACGGCUUAAUCCGAAUGUGAUGGAAGUUGUUAAGAAGGAGGUGCUAAAGCUUUACUCCGAAGGGCUUAUUUUUCCGGUAGCCGAUAGCGAAUGGGUGAGCCCUAUCCACGUGGUGCCAAAGAAAGGCGGUAUCACCGUUAUCGAGAAUGAAAAGAAAGAGAUGAUUCCCACCCGUAUUAUUACUGGGUGGAGAAUGUGCAUUGACUAUCGGCGACUCAACGUCGUGACCAAGAAAGACCACUUUCCGUUGCCAUUCAUUGAUCAAAUCCUUGAUCGCCUUUCCAGUCACCAAUACUAUUGCUUUCUAGAUGGCCUUUCCGGCUACUACCAAGUAGCAAUUGCUCCCGAGGAUCAGUCCAAGACUACAUUCACUUGCCCAUUCGGCACCUUUGCAUUUAGAC